AUGGCGUCAGCAGCCAAGAAAAUGAAAUUGGAGGAAAAAACAGGAUGGUUUGAUAUGCCGCAUGAAAUGAAAAUUAUGAUAAUCGAUUCGAUGGAUAUUCAAACAAAAAGGCGAUUUUCACGAUGUUCAAAAGGUUGUUAUGAAGAAGUUGAAAAAUCGCUGAAUUUCAUCGUUGAAAUCGAAAUCGUAGAACUCGAAAGGCUCGUGAUUUCAAAUCGAAGCAUCAAUUUCACAAUCCCAAUGUAA